UGAAGAAAGAUCAAACUCACCAGAAUUCAGCUGUGUAUCCAUGCGGAGUGAGCAGUCGAUGGAUCCUCCUAACAAAUUUAAAGAGACAUCAGUCCCUCAGAAAAGAGAGAAUUCAGGUCUAUCAGAACAGCCAGAGCAUCCUCAUUUCCAUGCAGGAGAGGGAGACACAUCCACAAGGGACUGCAGUGAUACAAAUGGUUCAGAAACAGCUGUGAGAGGAAACAAGCUACAAAAAAAGAUUAAUGAUCUCUUCCGCAUCUUUGAUGAUCUUGAGAAAAAGAUUAUUGUGUUAGUAAAGCACGAGCUGGAAAUGUAUAAAAAGCUUCUGAGAAAAGAGAACUCUAAAUUUUAUGGCGAGACAAAGGAAGAUAUGUGGAACUUGAAAGACGGAGUUCUUAAUAUCACAUUAUUGUUUUUGACAAUGAUGAAACAUGAAGAUCUUGCCGAAGCACUGCAAGAUGCACUAAUCGAAGUACAACAGCGUGCACUCAAAUCAAGGCUGAUUCAGAAGUAUCAGCGUGUAUAUGAAGGAAUUGCAAAGCAAGGAGAAUUCAACAUCCUGAAAAAAAUCUACACAGAUCUGUACAUCACUGAAGGUGGAACUGGACGGGGCAACAAAGAACAUGAAGUGAGACGCAUUGAAAAAAAUCAAAUGCAGCAAGAGGUACCAAUCAAAUGUGAGAACAUGUUUGAACCUUUGCCUGAACAAGACAAACCCAUCCAAACUGUGCUGACACAGGGAGUCGCAGGUAUUGGAAAAUCAAUCUGCGUACAGAAGUUCAUUCUAGACUGGGCUGAAGGAAAAAAAUAUCAAGACAUCCACUUGAUAUUUCCACUUCCUUUCAGAGAACUGAACUUAAAGAAGGGCACUCACAGUUUGAUGGAGAUCAUCUAUUUUUUUUUCCCGGAGACAAAAGGGCUGAGAUUAACAGAUCAGCAUAAGGUCAUGUUCAUCUUUGAUGGGUUGGAUGAAUGUAAACUUCCUUUAGCAUUUCAGGAAAAUGAGAUCUGGAAUAAUGUCUCUUUGCCAGCCCCACUGGAUGUUGUGAUGACCAACCUCAUCAAAGGAAAUCUGCUUCCCUCUGCUCUGAUCUGGAUAACCUCUAGGCCAGCUGCAGCCAGUAAGAUCCCACCUGAUUGUAUAAACCGGGUAACAGAGGUACGUGGCUUCAAUGACGACCAGAAAGAAGAGUAUUUCAGAAAAAGAAUCAAGGAUAAGAAGCUGGCUCAAGAUAUAAUUGAUCACAUUAAACAGUCAAGGAGCCUUUUCAUCAUGUGCCAUAUCCCAGUCUUCUGUUGGAUCUCAGCAACUGUGCUGCAGAAUUUUUUUGAAGAACAAGAGGGGAAAGAUACACCAAAGACACUAACAGAAAUGUACACUUCCUUUCUGAUCUUUCACAUCAUACAAAACAACAUAAAGUACACUGGACAGAAUGUUGAUGACACCCCUUGGGACAAAGAGGGUAUUCUAUCACUGGGAAAGUUAGCUUUUCAGCAUUUGGAAGAAAAUGAUUUGAUCUUCUAUGAAAACAGCCUGAAAGAAUGUGGAAUUGACCCCAGAAAGAAAUCUGUGUACUCAGGAUUGUACACUCAGGAGCAUGUCAGAUUUCUCGGCACAAUUUUCAGCUUUGUGCAUCUGAGCAUUCAAGAGUUUCUUGCUGCUUUGUUUGCUUACCUGUGUGCCACAAAUGACAAGAAGAAUGUUUUUGACCAUCAGCCCUCCUUGCAAGAGAACAAGGAAGCAGGAGUAAUUGUUUUGCUCAAGAUUGCUGUAGACAAGGCUUUGGAGAGUGAACAUGGUCACAUGGAUCUUUUCCUUCGCUUUCUCUUGGGGCUCUCAAUGGAGUCUAACAGGAAACUCCUCCGAGGUCUUUUGACCCAGACCGGAAACGUGCCGGAUUGCCGAAAGGAGAUUGUGGAGUACAUCAAAUUCAAAUUAGACAAAGAUAGACAGAACAUGUCUGCAGAGAGAUCCAUCAAUCUCUUCUACUGCCUACAUGAGUUAAAUGAUGAUUCUCUAGUAAAAGAGAUCCAGAGGUACAUGAGCUCUGGAAGUCUUUCUGAAGCUGAACUCUCACCUGUACAGUGGUCAGCACUGGUCUUUGUGCUGCUAACAUCAAAAAAUAAGCUGGAGGUGUUUGAUCUACAGAAGUUUAUCAAAUCAGAUGAAUGUCUUAACAGACUUCUGUCAGUGAUUCAGGAUGCCACAUCAGCCCUACUCAAUGAAUGUAACCUGACAGAGAGAAGUUGCUCGGCUCUGUGCAGAGUUCUCAGCUCAGAAACCUCCAGACUGACUCGUCUGGAUCUGAGCAACAAUGAACUAUGUGACUCAGGAAUAGAGCAGCUCUCUAAAGGACUGAGUAGUUCAACAUGUAAACUAAAGGAACUCAGGCUUUCAUUCUGCAGCAUAACAGAGGAAGGAUAUGAUGCUCUUGCUUCAGCUCUGAAUUCAAACUUCUCACACCUGAUAGAGCUGGAUCUCAUAGGAAAUGAUCCUGGAGAUAAAGGAGUCAAGCUGAUCACAGAUGUACAGAAAUGUCAAAAUUGUAAACUGAAGACAAUUAGGCUGUUGAAAAGUUCUGAUGCAGAGGAAGCAUGUGAUUUUCUAGGAAAAGUUCUAGGAGUAAACCCAUUACUGUUGAAAGAGCUGGACCUGAGUGGAAAGAUACAAGGAGACCAAGCAGUGAAACAGCUCUCUGCUCUACUGGAAGAUCAACACUGCAGACCUGAGACAAUAAAGCUCAGUAGCAGCAAUAUUUCAGAGGAAGGCUGUGCUGCUUUAUCAUCAGCACUGUGUUACAAUCCUUCACACCUGAAAGACCUGGAUCUGAGUGGAAAUGAGCUAGGCAAUUCUGGAGUGCAGCAGAUUUGCAUACUGCUGAAAAGUCAGAAUUGUAAACUGAAAGUACUAAAGCUUUCUUCCUGCAGUAUUAAAGAGGAUGGGUAUGCUGAACUAGCUUUAACUCUGGAAUCAAAUCCCUCAUCACACCUGACAGACCUGGAUCUCAGCCAGAAUGAUCCUGGAGACAAAGGAGUAGAACUGAUGUAUAGUUUACUACAAAAUCCUAAUUUUAAACUGAAGAAACUGAGGCUUUUGAAAAGUUCUGCUGCAGAGGAAACAUGUGAUUUUCUAGAAAAAGUUCUAGGAGUAAACCCGUUACUACUAAAAGAGCUGGAUCUGAGUGGAAAGAUACAAGGAGACUCAGCAGUAAAGCAGCUCUCUGCUCUACUGGAGGAUCCACACUGCAGACCUGAGACAAUAAAGUUGAAUAGCAGCAGUAUUACAGAGGAUGGAUGUGCUGCUCUAUCAGCAGCUCUUUGUUUGAAUCCAUCACACCUGAAAGAGCUGGAUUUACAUGAGAAUAAGCUAAAAAGUUCUGGAGUACAGAUGCUUUGUACUGUGUUGCAAAAGCCUGACUGUAAACUACAGAAACUGAUCCUUUCAUCUUGCAGUGUGGAAGAGGAAGGAUACACUGCUCUGGCCUCAUCUUUAAAAUCAAACCCAUCAGUACCCCUGAUAGAGCUGGAUCUGAGAGGGAAUGAUCCUGGAGACACAGGAGUAAAACCGCUGAUUGAUUUACUAGUGGAUCCAAAUUACAAACUGAACAUCCUAAGGCUGGGUAAGUGCAGUAUUACUGAGGACGGAUGUGCUGCUCUGGCAUCGGCUCUGGGAACGAACCUCUGUCAACUGACAGAGCUAGAUUUGAGAAAGAAUAAAUUUGGAGACGCUGGACUGAUGCACCUCUCUGAUCUACUGAUGAGUUCCAACUGCAAGCUAGAAAACCUCAAUGUCAGUGAUAACAACAUCACAGAGAAAGGAUACGUUGCUCUGGCAUCAGUUCUGAAGUCUUCAAAUCUAAAAUGGCUGGAUCUCAGUGGGAACAACCCUGGAGACAAAGGAAUAGAGCUUGUUUCUGCUUUACUGCAGGAUCCACAGUGUAAAGUGAGACUUUUGAAAGAUAAUGCUGAAGAAGCAUGUGAUUUUCUGACCAAAGUUCUAGGAAUAAACCCGUUACUGUUGAGAGAGCUUGACCUGAGUGGAAAGAUACAAGGAGACACAGCAGUGAAGCAGAUCUGUGCUCUACUGGAGGAUCCACACUGUCAAAUUACUACACUUGGGCUGAAAAACGUCAGUAUUACUGAGAAAGGCUGUGUUGAUCUAGCAUCCGUUCUCUGUAAAAAUCCUUUACAUCUUCGAGAACUAAAUCUAAGUGGAAAUAAACUUGGAGGUUCAGGAAUAAAUUACCUGUGCCAAGUACUGGGGGAUACGCGAUUCAAACUUUUAAAACUGCAGCUGAAUAACAGCAAUAUUGCACAAAAAGGCUGUGCUGCUUUAUCAUUAGCACUAUCUUCCAAUCCUUCACUCCUGAAAGACCUGGAUCUGAGUGGAAAUAAUUUUGGACACAAUGGUGUACAGAGUCUCUGUGGCAUGUUGAUUAAUUCGAACUGCACACUGGAAAAACUGAACAUUAGUGCUUGUGAUAUCACAGAGGAAGGAUAUGAUGCUCUAGCAUCAGCUCUGAAAUCCAAUUCCUCAUCAUACCUGACAGAGCUGGAUCUUAGGGAAAAUUUUCCUGGAGAUAAAGGAGUGAAGCUGAUCAAUGAUUUACUGAAUCAUCCAAACUGUAAAAUAAAGACACUAAGGGUUCUGAAAAAUGCUGCUGCAGAGAAAGCGUGUGAUUUUCUGACUGAAGUUCUAGGAAAAAACCCGUUACUGCUGAGAGAGCUGGACCUGAGUGGAAAGAUACAAGGAGACCAAGCAGUGAAGCAGAUCUCUGCUCUACUGGAAGAUCCACACUGCAUACUGAAGCAACUUAAGUUAAAUAACUGCAGCAUUACAGAGGACGGCUGUGCUGCUCUUUCAUCAGCUCUCCGUUUAAAUCCUUUACAUCUGAAAGAGCUGGAUCUGAGUGAAAAUAAACUUGAAAACUCUGGAGUGAAGCGGCUGACUUGUCUGUUACAAAAUUCAAAAUGCAAACUUGAACUACUAAAUCUUUCAGACUGCUGCAUAACAGAGGAAGGAUAUGUUGCUUUAAAAUCAGCUCUGAAAUCAAGCUGUUCACCAUGCCUAAAAGAGCUGAUUCUCAAAGGAAACGAUCCUGGAGAUACAGGGGUGGAGCUUCUAACUGAUGUACAAAAGGAUCCAACCAGUAAACUAAAGAUACUAAGGCUGUUGAAGACACCAGCUGCAGAAGAAGCAUGGAAUAGUCUUUCUAAAGACCUGGAAACAAAUCUAUUACUGCAGAAAAAGUUGGAACUGAAAAGGGGUACAGAAGGAAAAUCAGGGGAUUUAAGAGUGAAACAGCUCUGCCAUUUCCUGAAGGACACACACUGCAAACUGAAGAAACUUCAGAUCAACAAUGACGAGCUGACAGAGGAAAGUUGUGCAGCCUUAUCCACUGUUCUCCCCUUUACCAGUCUGACUGAGCUAGACCUGAGCAAUAACAAUCUUCAGGAUUCAGGAGUGAAAAAUCUCUGCAAAGGACUUAGUAAUCCUCUCUGUAAAUUGGAGAUUCUGAGACUUUCCUGCUGUUCUGUAACAGAAGAAGGUUACGCUUUACUUGCAUCAACUCUUCAAUCAAACCAGUCUUCACAUCUGAAAGAACUAGAUCUCAGAGGAAACAACCCUGGAAAAGAUAUUGGGUCGUGGAAAGGAGUGGAGAACAUUAUUACCUUAUUUGAUCGUUUGGAGUAUAAGCAAAAAACUCUGAGGCUACUGAAAGAUGAACUUGCACAGCAAGCCUGUGAUUUUCUCACAAAACAACUGCAGAAAAACCCCUUACUGAUGAAAAAUUUGGAUCUGAGCAUAAAUAAAGAAUUUAUCGAAAUGAGGCAGCUAACUGCACUACUACAGGAUCCACACUGCAGACUGGAGAAACUUACUCUGUAUAAAUCUGACAAGAUUACAGAAAACAAUUGUAAUGAUUUAGUUGCUGCUCUCACUGUAAACCCCUCACACCUGAGAGAGCUGGAUAUGAAAGGGAACACACUGGGUGAAAAAGCACUGUUUAAGCUCUGCCAUCUACUGACAACUCCUCUCUGCUGCCUGGAGAAACUUAAUCUUAGUCAUUGCUGCAUUACUGAGGAAGGAUAUCUUGCACUUGCCCGAGCUCUGAAAUCAAAUCCUUCAUCACAGCUUUUAGAGCUGGAUCUCACAGGAAACACUCCUGGAGAAAAAGGAGUGAAGCAGCUCAUUGAUGUACUGAAGGACAGAACAUUUAAACUAAACACACUGAGAUUCUUGAGUCCUGCCGCAGAUGAAGCAUGCACAGGCCUGACCAGAUUUCUAGGAACAAACCCCUUAAUUCAGACAGAGCUGAAUCUGAGUGGAAAAAGGCACAAUGACUCCUUUAUAUCGCAGCUCUCUGCUUUGAUAAAUGAUUCACACUGCAUACUGCGAAAACUAAAGUAA